AUGAGUUAUGGAAUGCCUGCUGCUUUACAAGCACUGAAGAGAAAAAAGAGGUAUGAAAAGCAGUUGACCCAAAUUGACGGGACACUUUCAACCAUUGAGUUCCAGCGAGAAGCAUUGGAAAAUUCCUAUACCAAUACGGAAGUAUUAAAGAAUAUGGGCUAUGCUGCCCAAGCAAUGAAAAAAGCUCAUGAAAAUAUGGACCUAGAGAAAAUUGAUAAUUUGAUGCAAGACAUCACUGAACAGCAAGAUGUGGCACAGGAAAUCUCAGAAGCUAUUUCAAGCAGAGCUGGAUUUGCUGAUGAGUUUGAUGAGGAUGAGUUGAUGGCAGAGUUGGAAGAGCUGGAGCAAGAAGACCUUAAUGAUAAAAUGUCUAAUGUCAGAUUGCCAAGUGUCCCAUCUACAUUGCUGCCUUCUCGCCCUGCAUCCUCCAGGAAGAGAGUGGAAGAUGAUGAUGGUAUGAAGCAGCUGGCAGCUUGGGCUUCUUAAUAGCCCCAACUUUUAUAAUGCUGAACACUACAAUACAGGUGUAUAAAAAUGGAACUAUUUCAUAUAUUUAACAAUGCAGCAUGAUUGCAUUUCAUGCAGAUCCAAGUCAGUUACUCUUUUGGGUUUUUUUAUUUUUAUAGCCAAUUUUUGCUCUGAAGUAAUAAUAUACUUUCUGUAUUUUUAAAAAAAUUAUAAUCAGGUCCUGGCCAGUCUUGUGUCACUUUUACAGUGAAGAAACCACAAGGAAUAAAAAUAGCUUUUACUGGAUAGUGCAUACCUGCAUAGUAUUGAUUUGAAAAACAUGAAGGCCCCAUAGACAGACAUGACUGAAAUCCCUGCUAUGAUGAAUCACUGAAACUAAUUAAAGUCUGCAAGACCUAGCCUACUGGUCAGCUUGGUUGCAAGUAUUUGGAAGUCAGAAGAACAGUCAAGUGUAGGUUCCACUCCUAUAACCUGCUUUGAGCACAUUGACUGCUGACAGCUAAAAGCUUCUGCACUCCCUCUGGAUCUACCCCUUGUCAAGAGUUUUAAGCUUAGUCUGGUUUGAGGAGCUGCUGCUGUUUAUAGCCACAAGGGUGCUGCUAAAGCAGUCAGGCCACCCGGACUCAAUGCAGUUCUGUUAGCAGAGGAAGCUUUUCUGUCACCAGAGUUGCCCAUCCUAAAAUAGUAGAAGCAGAGUUGGCAGAAACUGCCUUCCAUUGGCAGAACUGUGCUGGUGUUGAGGUGUGAUCUUUACACAUCCUUAGCCAACAAAGCUGUACUGCCAGAACUUUGUAUUAUGUUUCAGGCCUUUGUCUAAGUCGCUACCAAUUUUAAACUGAUCCAGCUAAUCCUGUGAAAGAUCAAGAAUAAAUGGUAACUUAACUCCCAGUUAUAAAAAUCCUCCACCCCAUUUUAGCUUUUAAAGAUGUGCCUUGAUUUCUUUGGGUAGUACAGUUUUUUUCAGGAAAAAUUGCAAUGUAUUUUUAAUGCUCUGAGUGCCAGAGAACUUUGGCUUCUAAGCAUUCCAUUUGUGUAGGGAGACCUGAAGGGAAAUACUACUUAAAAGUGUUAACAUUUGAAAUUUUAAGCUAGGAUGUUGCUGUUGGAAUUCAAAUGCUUUGUCUGUGGCAUUAAUGAACAGGAUGUCAUAACAGGUUUUAUUUUUAAGUUAGAAGAACAUACUACACAGCAGGCAUGUCUACUGUGCAAUA